AUGGUAGCUUGGGCAGCUUUAGGCGCAAUGGGAACAAAAGCAUUAGCAUUUGGAGCAAAAGCACUUGGAGCUUAUGACGCAGUAAAUAAAAUGAGUGGAGGAAGGGUUUCAAAGACAUUAGAUGCAAAUAAAGGAAAGAUUGGAGGCUGGGUUGCAAAGAAGUUAAGAUUAAAUAAAAUAGGGCUCAUAAAUAAAGCAUCCAAUUUGGUUGCGACUGAGUCAGAAAAUGCUUUAGGAAAGGACGAUGAGUUUGCAAAACACGCAAAAGACUUUAAUGACCAGAUGAAAGGUGAAACA